AUGCAGAAAUUUUUGAAUUUGGAAAAGAUUGGUGAAGGCACAUACGGAACUGUUUUCAAGGCUAGGAACAAGGAGACUGGUGAAGUCGUAGCGUUGAAGAGAGUGCGAUUAGAUGAUGACGAUGAGGGUGUGCCAAGUUCAGCAUUAAGAGAAGUCUGCAUUUUAAGAGAGUUGAAACACAAGAAUGUAGUUAGACUAUAUGACGUAGUUCACUCAGAGAAUAAGUUGACGCUAGUUUUUGAAUACUGUGAUCAAGAUUUGAAAAAGUUUUUCGAUUCCUGUAAUGGACAUGUAGAUGAGCAACAAGCCAAAUCGUUAAUGAUGCAGCUUUUAUGUGGACUCUCUUAUUGUCACCAACACCAUGUUUUGCAUCGAGAUUUAAAGCCUCAAAAUCUGCUUAUCAACAGCAACAAUCAGCUGAAGCUGGCAGAUUUCGGUUUGGCACGAGCUUUCGGUGUUCCAGCUAGGUUUUACAGCGCUGAAGUUGUGACACUGUGGUAUCGUCCACCGGAUGUUCUGUUUGGAGCGAAACUUUAUAAUACUUCAAUUGAUAUGUGGUCUGCAGGCUGUAUCUUUGCUGAAAUAUCUAACGCAGGUCGCCCACUUUUCCCCGGUGCAGACGUAGACGACCAACUUAAGAGAAUAUUUAAACAACUCGGGACGCCAACAGAUGAAUCCUGGCCAGGAGUUUCACAGUUACCUGAUUUCAAGCCAAUGUGCUUAUACCAUCCAGCCAUGACAUGGGGUCAGAUUGUGCCAAACUUAUCUCAUACGGGCAGAGAUCUUUUGCAGAGGCUUCUUGUGUGCAAUCCAUCGGAACGGAUUGAUGCCGAGGCAGCACUAAGACAUCCCUACUUCACGGAUGUCGAAGCCUAG